UCCAUUUCCGGUGUCGUAGAGAGUGACAGGUGUGUGUGUGGCGUGUGAAAGAGCGAGUGAGUAAGGUGGUUAAGAAACGGAGAAUAAUUGCGAGAGGGGUGGCAGUGAGAGAAGGUACGUUGGGUGGAGUAGGGGAAGAAGAGUAGGAGCGGAGAAAAUAGUAAUUAGUUAAUUAGAGACGAAAGAGAAUUGAGUGGGCAGGUUAGAGAGCAUAGAGAAAGUAAGGGAUAGAGAGAGGCAAGCGAAGAGGAGUAGCGAGUAGGAGGGAGACACGAGCGGCGCGAGUGGACGGGCGGAGAGUUAGAGAGACAGGCGAGUGAGUUCGUGGAGAGCGGUAUAGAAAGAAGUAAGUAAGUUAGGAGGUUGAAAAACAAGGGGGAUGUAGCGAAAAAGAAGGGGAGGCCGACAAAUUUAGAAAGGCUGACUAGGGAAAGAACAAGAAGCAUGAAUAGCAUAGAAGAAAUGUUGAUAAGGGGAAAAAGGAAGGAACGAGAGCAGGAUGAGGAGGGGAUGGAAUUAAUGGAGGAGGAGGAGAUACUUAAAAGAAGCAGGAUAGGAAAGGGGUCACCGGAGAUAAAUGAGUGUAGAGGGGGCAAUUUGGGUAAAAUAUUAGAGGAAUUAGGAAAGUUGGGAAAGAAAGUGGACGAAGGAAAGGAGGAGUUGAAGAAACAGAUAGUAGAUCUAAAAAAUAGGUGGGAGGAGGAAAGAAGAGAAAUGAGGGAUAGGAUAGAAUCGAUGGAAAAAAGAAUAGAAGACUUAGAAGAGAAAUUGGAGAAGGAGGGGGAUAAAAGGAGGGGAACUUUAAAAGAAGAAAGGAGAAAGGAAGGAAAGAAGGGGGGAUAACAAGAAGAAUGAGAGAGGUCGAAGUAAGGUUAGACAAAAGGGAAAGGGAAUCAAGGAGAAAUAAUAUAAUAGUCAAAGGAAUUAAGAUAGGAGAGGGAAAGGGGGAGGAGACAAUAAAAGAAUUAUGGGGGGAAAUGGGUAUAGAAGAGAGCCUAAGGGAGGUAAGGAGAGUAGGGGGGGUAGAUAGAGAGGGGAGAGGGAUGAUGUUAGUAAAGUUAGGAAGCUUAGAGAGCAAGAAGAGGGUGAUAGAGGCGAAGAAGAGAUUAAAAGGUAGAAGGGAGAGGAUAGAUGACGAUUUAACGAGAGAAGAGAGGAGAGCGAGAUGGAAAAUAGGAAGGGAAGCAGA